UGUAUUCUGGGUGGGGCGUUUUCCUCCUACUUUCGCUGCUCGGUCCUCCUGAUCUUUCCCAGCAUGCUCGGCUCUCGUGGCAGGGCGUACCUCAUGCUGUUUGUCCUCUACGGCCUGUAUAGGGGCCCAAUCGCUAACAUCCACCGUAAUGUCCAGGAUGUGGCCUUCUCUAUGGGGUGCAACAUCGAGCUCCAGAUCAAACACAGCAAGGUCAUGUGGAGGGAGGUGAUGGAGCCCUUCAUGCAGGUGGUGCAGGGUAUUGUGGAGGAUAAUGGGGAGUUCCAGGACGAGGCUAAGAGUGUGAGCAGAAAGUUUCAGAGCCUCAGGGAUGAGGUCAUGGGGCAGUAUGGCUAUGACUCCAUGGAACAGGGCCCUGUUGCUGCUGGCAACAGCACCCAGGAUUUGUAUGCAGCAAAGACGAUGAUGCGAUGUGACAAUGUAGUGGAGCAGGGGAUAGAGCGCUGUCGGGAGUGGUUUGAGGUCAAGUGGCAGGACUGCAUGGAUGCCAUCAAAGCCCCAGUCAUCAACCACAUCCUGUGUGUGUCCAUGAGAUUCCACUUCCUCUGUGACAUCAUGAGAGUCAUGAAGCCCUGGUGCAGGGAGGAUAUCCCAGUGGAAGGGAACUUUGGGCAAACAUUCGACAAGCUCAACUUCUCCAUUGACGCACUGUCCAGAGAAUUCAGCACUAACGUGGUGCUGCAGGAGGAGGAGCAGCAGUCUGUGUUUGGUGUGUCAGCCCUACGGGAGGAUUUCACAGAGGGUCUGAGUAAAGCCUUCGAGGAGACCAAGAUCAUUCUGGACCAGUUUCUGGGCCUCAUCCAGCUCCUCCUCUCCUGCACCUUUAUCACCAUCUUCACCUCGACAAACGUCAUCUGUUACCUUUGAAGAAAGCCGAGCGGGGCCUUUUCAUCAACCCUCGCAGCCUGUCCAUACGUCCCAGUGAGCUUAAACUAGUGAUGGCGAGCCUGCUGCAGGUAGUCUCUCUGGCUGUGUUUGUCUGUGUGCUACUGGCUGUCGACAUGGUCCUCCACCACAUCUUUGACAUCAUCCGCAGACACACUUUCACAAAGUUCUCCCUCACCA